GUUCCACAGAAAGUAGACUACAUUUCCCAUGAUGCUGCGCAUAUGAGUAACAGGAAGUGUUUCGGUUAGUCUCUCACCAAAUUUUAAACUGCACGGACGUUCACGCGUUUAUAAUUCAGCUAAGACACAAAGAGAGAAGCCAUCUUAACCAGGAAUGAAACAAGAAUAUCAAGACCUGAUUUUGGAAGCCACGGGAGCAGAGGCUUUGCUUAUUGGUGACAAAAUUCAGACCCUUUGGAGUGGCUAUGGGGAGAUUGUUAGGGUUCACUUGGAAGGCUGCGACCGCCCCUCAGUCAUUGUCAAGCAUGUGGUGUUUCCCCAGAAGUCCGCACACCCUGGAGGCUGGAACACAGACCUGUCUCACCUGCGCAAGGUGAGGUCCUACCAGGUGGAGACUCACUGGUAUCAGAACUACUCCACCGACAGUGGGUGCCGGGUGCCUGUCUGUUUGGCUGCCCGUUCCUUUGGGGAUGAGCAGCUGAUCGUCCUGGAGGAUCUGGACGUGGCGGGUUUCGACCAACGGAGGACCAAAGUUGGUAUCAAGGAGAUGAAAGCGUGUCUACGCUGGCUAGCCCACUUCCAUGCCCGCUUCCUUGGCAUCACCCCAGAGGGACUCUGGCCAAUAGGGACCUACUGGCACCUGGAGACACGCCCAGAUGAGCUGGAGGCCAUGGCAGACCAAGAUCUGAAAGCUGCAGCAGGCAAAAUUGACCAGAUACUCAACAGCUGCCGUUUCAAGACCAUCGUCCAUGGCGACGCCAAGCUGGCUAACUUUUGCUUCUCCAGGCAGGGGUCAGAGGUCGCGGCAGUGGACUUCCAGUAUGUGGGCGGAGGCUGUGGUAUGAAGGAUCUUGUCUACUUCUUGGGAAGCUGCUUGGAGGAAAAGGAAUGUGAGAAACAAGUGCCCGACCUCCUGGACUACUACUUCCUGGAGCUGAGGGGUGCGGUGGGUGACCAGGUGAAUGUUGAUGAGCUGGAGGCGGAAUGGCGCGAGAUGUUCGCCUAUGCCUGGACAGACUUCCACCGCUUCCUGCUGGGCUGGAUGCCCGGGCACCGCAAGAUCAACAAGUACAGCAAGAGGCUGACCAGAGAGGUCUUGCGCAAACUCUGACUUUGGCUCAUUGUCCUGUAAUCACAGCACACAUCACAUUCUGCUCACCUUAAAUGUAUUUGGAGGUCUUGAGAGGGGGAAUUGGCAGACUGACAGUCCGAAUUAAACUUUAUUGUUGUUGUGUCCACUGUGAACAUUGGCUGAGGCUUUCUCAUGCUGUUGUUGUGAAAACCACUGCUUGCAUGUUUAUGAAACCUGCCAGGUCACAGAUGACUCUCUUGAAGGGUCAUUCAGAUGUCAGACAGGAUCCAUACUGGCUACACACCUGAUGUUAUUCACUUGAGACCCAGUGCUAAGGUGAAGAUGUGAUUGUUUUUAUGUGUAUUGCUGUGGUUUCCUGUGGUUUGUAAUAUGUGCUUCCUCUGCUGCUGUUAAUGUGAUUUUUGUUUGGAUCUUGUUCAGUGACAGGCCUAACGUAAGUCUUCCAUUUAUAAAGGAAAGCACAUCUGUAGCAUGCUGUUUGUUGUCUCAGUGUUGUGAGAUUGAUGCUGUUGUGAGAAGAAGGUAAGAAAUUGAUUAUUUGUAUACACUCAUUCCAGAUCCAUGUAAUUAAAGAGAGCUCUGAGUCUA